AUGGUCUCUGCCAGGGAUGUCAAUACCUCUCUGAGAGCCUCUUCUGCCUUUGGACCCUCUGCCAGUCUUCCUACCAGGCCUGGUUCUUCGUCGCAGCCUGACUCUGGCAUCACCCCAGAUCUGGUGGAUUCCCUGCUCCGUCAGUACCAGGAAAUCCAGAAGCCCCAGCCAGAGCAAGCCAAGAUCUAUCUCUCUGGGUCUAGGGAUGAGCUCAAUGGAUUUCAGCUCCACACCAGGUAUCCAGAGUUCCUGCAGCAACGCUCCCUCCCAAAGCUAAGAAAUCUCUUCUCUCUAUCCCUAGAGCAUUCUGAUCGAAUCCAUGAUUUCCUGACUGCCUGCACCACCUAUAUAUUCGCCAAAGGCCAGAAGAUCAUCCCUCUCCUUUCUCGCCAUGUUCGAUGCCUUCUCAAUAGUUUUGACAUUGAGCAUGUGACUCUGCGCCCUUUCAAACCCCUCCAGGAGGCAGCCAGUGCCCAGAAAUAUGCCCGCGUGCUUCACAGCUUUCUCGUUUUUCUGUUGGAGAGCUAUCCCUACCAGGUCACUAGGGGGCCUAGGGAUAGGGACCUGAAUCGACUCUAUGCUAUAGAUCACAUGGUCAAGGCGGGGAUUCAGGAGCUCAAGGACCUGCUACUAUCCCCCACCCUAGCGGAAGAGGAUGAGGAGGCACCAAAGGCCUCAGGCCCCUUGCAGGCAGGCAGUGCCCGUGCCUAUAUUGGUGAUGACCUUGAUGGUGAGAAUGAUGAAGAGGAUGAGAUCGAUCUGGCCCUGGACCUAGGGGGGGAUGAUGGUGAGGAAGAUCUUGAGGACUCUGGUGUUCUCGAGAAGCUCGAGCGGCAGGCCUGGCAGGCCACCAGUGGUUUUCAAUUCACUCAGGCGGCAGUGCACGAAGGGGUGGCUCUCAUUGAAAAGCUCCUCAUUGACCUGGUCACCAGGCAUGAGUCAUAUGACAUGAAGGGCCCUAUCUACGCGUUCCUGGCCUGUUUCAGUAUUCACUACCAGGAGGUGACCUUCAAGCGAAUUGACCGCAUCAGCCAGUCCUACUCUGCCGUUAUCUACGCCAUGCAGCUGGUCGCCAUCAACCACCAUUGGACCCCAUGGAUCCGGAGGAUCCUUGAAGCGAAAGAGGAUGGGCAGGACCAAGCGCUGGCUAAUGCGGCCCCAUUUCAUGCUGUCUUCGGCCCCUGGCUGCAGACCUACUUCAAGCACCAGUCUCCUUACCCCCUUGGAGAUCUUCUGUCCUUCAGAGCCUAUGCUCUCUACUACAACACGAUCUCCAGCGUGCAAGGCAACCAGGUGAUUGAACAAGCACCCCACCACCUAAGAUUCCACCAUCUUAGUGUCAGCCGUCUGCAGCUCCAGGAAUUUUUCCAGAAGUCUACCUUGGACCUGGCACACUCCCUAGUAGGCUCGCUGCUGAUCUGGGAGGAUGCCCAGCUUUUCAACCAGAUCCAGCUGGGGGAGGCAGCUCGAUUUGAGGAUUUUGCCAUGGAGGGGAAUGGAUUCAAUUUCCUAACAUUGAAUGAGGACUACCAACACCACUACCAGCCCUAUCUCGUGAAAAAAAUCCUGGAUGACCCUACGCGAGCCAAAGAAUGGUUCAAGCCAGCUGGAAAUCGGCUCCAUCUCAUUCCCCUACCAGCAGAGCGAUAUUUAUUUAUGGCCAAGAAGUUCCUGCUCCAUCUGCUUGUUCUGGUGCACAUGACCAGUGGCGCCCCUGCCCGAGGCACUGAGAUUAUUCCACUCCUGGCAUCCAAUUCCAUGAUCAACCGCCGAAACCUCUUUCUGGACCCGAAAUCGAAGCUCUUCCUCAUUCGGCUGCGGUAUAGUAAGGUGCUGGCGACCACUGGCAUGGAGCGGAAUGCUGGCGACCUCCCUACCAGCCGCCAGGUCAGUGACACGCUCCGCCAUCGGACCAGCGCCCUGAUCGGCCAGGGCAUUCAGAUCCAUUCAUGGCGCCAUCUCGCCCAAGGCUUCAUUCGAUAUGGCAUGGGGGAACGGAUGGAGGGGGACUCCAUUGAAGCGCCAGAGCUGAGUGAGCUUGAGAAUGAAGCUCUAGCAGCCGGCCAAGCACACCACAGCGUCCGCACGGCCAUGCUGGUCUAUGGCCGGCCACAGGUUCAAUUUGGCAACCUCCCCAUCAACCAGCAGGCCGCCUACAUUGACUUCAGCCAGCGGAAGACCGCUGCCUCAGGCCCCCCAGGCCACAGCCAAGACCCCCAGGGCCUAUCUACCAGCUCCUUUCCUCUCAACCAGCCCUGCCUGCGCUUCUGGUGGCAGAGAUCUGCCUCUUCACCAUCCCCUAAGAUCCCUAUUGGUCAGUUCAAUGCAUUCAUGGGCUCCACAACCCCCACAUUCACUCCAAUCGACCCCAAUGUCACUGAAGGCAUUCCCGAUGGUGACCCGCGCCUGGCCGAGCUGGAACCAGGCCAGCGACUGCGACUGCUUGCACACCAGCCAUUCCCUCAAACCCCUAGGGGCCUUCAAGCACCAGACCUCCUGCUUGGGCUCUUUCAAGAAUUCAUGGGAACGCCUCAGGCUGAAUUUCGAAGCGCAGAACAGCGUGAGUGCCUCUACCAUCUGCUGAAGCCAACCCCAUUCCUUCUCAUGGCAUUACCAACUGCUGGAGGCAAGACCACCCUGUUUCUGCUUGCUGCAAGCCUUGCCUGGGCGCAUACUACUGUCCUGGUGGUUCCCCUUGUUUCAUUGAAGCUGAACCUGCAAUCUAAGCUUCAAAACCUAGGUCUGCCAUGGGUGAAUUGGGAGGAUCAGCAUGAGGAGACCCCUCCUACCCGGCUAGUGCUAGUAUCCAUUGAGUCUGCUGUCAGCCAGGUCUUCAUUAACUGGGCCAUGCAGCUCUACCACCAAAACGCCCUGGACCGCAUUAUUUUUGACGAAGCCCAUCUGAUCCCCCUGGCCCGCAGCUAUCGGGGGGUGAUGAAUGAUGUAAACCGCCUGAGCCAGGUCCCAGUCCCCAAAGUCUUUGCCUCUGCCACUGUGCCGGGGGCACUGCGAAACCCCGGAUCUCCCAUAUUUCCUAUCUUGGAACACCGUAGAACCGCCGACUCCGACAUACUAAUGUAUGGUGGAGCCCACGGCCGGAGUACUUAA